AUGGUCAAUACUCGCAGCAGAUCAUACGAAAUGGAUACCUCACCAAACUCAUCAAUAACUCUGGAAUUUUUGUAUUGCGAAAUCCAGAGUUUGAAGACAUCGAUUCAAUCUUCUAAGGCGGACAUAUUUAAAGUGAUAAGCGAUACCAAAGAUGAAAUCAUCGAAAACUUACAAACGGAAAACGAACUAUUAAAAAAAUCAAUAACCAAAUUAAAAAAUGAAGUUUAUGAGAAAGACUGUUUGGUAACGGAUAUCGAAAAAUAUUUAUGCGAACUACAGCAAUAUGUUCGGAGGAACAAUAUGGAGAUUACAGGGAUCCCUGAAGACAUUCCUGAUGAUCUAUUAGAGGCGAAAGUCAUAGAGAUAGGACAUGCGAUGGAUAUUACAAUUAACGAAACCGAUUUUGAGGCAUGCCACCGUUUACCUAAAGGUAAACAUGCGAAAGCAUCUGACCCGCGGAGAACAAUAGUAAGGUUUGUAAAUAGAAAGGUGGUGGAAAAAAUGCACAGAAAUAAAAAAAUCCUUAGAACUGAGAAACAUCGACUGGAAAAUAUUGGACUCGACCCGCGCAAGAUUUAUUUAAACAAUAACCUGUGUCCCUACUAUCGGAUGCUAUGGGGCGAAUGUAAAUCCCUCUACAAGGAUGGUAAAAUUUCCAGUUUCUGGAUCUACAACGGAACGGUUCGGAUAAAAAAAGGAGAAAACUCAGCCGCAGAAAAAAUCUUGCAUUAUGAUGACCUUGAAUAUUUAAAAGUUGAUGUUGAUAAAUAAUUCUAUAUUAUUUUUUUAUAUUUUGAAGAAUUAGUUUUUUUCCUCGGGGCCGUUUUCGGACCCCGUUACUUUCGCGUUAAUU